AUGAAUAGUAACCAACAUUCUGCCAAUGAACGUAAGAUGACGAUAGUCACGCUAGCUGAAGAAGUUCCUUCAUUAGGCCGGCUAGCUCAGCUCGUGAGCCAUUUCAUUAGCAGCGUUAGCAUCAAUCACAUUCUCAAACAAGAAGCUUGUUCACUUGAGCCACGCAGUAUCGGAUGUUGUGAGGGAUGGCCAAUGGUCAUUGAUAGCUUUUGCUGCUACAGAAAGCCAGAUGCGCAUCUUCACGGUUGCGUUUCGACGCUAAGUACAGGUUUCAAUAGUGCAGCUAUUUCCACGAACGUCGCAGGAUGCUUGCAGCCAUUAAGAAACAACAACUCCAAACGGAUCACGACGGCCGUCAAUUCCAAGGCGAAACGUCACUCGAUUGCGAAUCCCCAUCCGAAUUCACAUCCUAAUCCCCAUCCGAGUCCCCAUCUGAAUCCCCAUACGACUCCCCAUCCGAAUCCCCAUCAGAAUCCCUAUCCGAAUCCCUAUCAGAAUCUCUAUCCGAAUCCCUAUCCGAAUCCCUAUCCGAAUCCCUAUCCGAAUCCCUAUCCGAAUCCUCAUCCGAAUCCCGAUGUUAUUCCUAAUCCGAAUCCUGAUUCGAAUCCUAAACCGAGUUCUGAUCCGAAUCCUAAACCAAAUCCUGAUCCGAAUCCCAAUUCGAAUCCCAUUCGAAUGCUUUUCCGAAUCUCGAUCCGAAUCCUAAUUCAAAUCCUGAUCCGAAUCCCAAUUCGAAUCUCAAGCCGAAUCCCAAUUUGA